UAUUAUAUUCCGGCGAAAUCACCUCAAUAACAAACCCUCUUCAGUGACAGAAUCCACAAACGAUAUUUCUUGAUUCUUCUUGUUUUUUGGCGAUUUUUUCUUCAUUUUCUUGGAUAUUAUGGCUUGGAUUCCGCCGUGGACGAGGGACGAUGACAAGCGUUUUGAGUUAGCCCUGGUGAUAUUCCCGGAGGGCUCGCCGUCGUUUUUGGAGAACAUCGCUCAGCUUCUGCAGAAACCUUUGGGGUUGGUAAAGUACCACUACGACGCAUUGGUCUACGAUGUUGCGCUUGUCGAAUCGGGUAAGUAUGCUUUACCCAAGUACCCGGACGACGAUAACGUGUCACUGACGGAAGCGACUCAGUCCAAACACGGGAUUCCUUGGACAGAAGAGGAACACAGAUUGUUUCUGGAUGGAUUGAACAAGUAUGGGAAAGGAGCUUGGAGUAUGAUAUCAAGGGAAUUUGUGAAGACAAGGACCAAAAUACAAGUAGCAAGCCAUGCACAGAACUCAGCUAUGGCUUCAAUGUUUAAACCCAUGGCGGCAAAAUCCCAGAAAACCUUCAUUCUACUAGCAAAUCUAAUCAAGGUUCCUCCAUUAAAAGCUUUCUCUCUCUUAAAUUCUCCAAAUUUCCAUGGAUUGCAACACACACACGAAUCCAUAUCAAUCCUUCUUCGUCUCCUUCUCUCUGGAAACUUAUACUCUCACGCUCAAUCACUUCUCCUUCAAGUAAUCUCCGGAAAAAUCCAAUCCCAAUUCUUCACAUCUUCCUCUCUGCUACACUAUUUGACAGAAUCAGAAACGUCAAAAACCAAUAUUCGUCUCUACGAGGUAAUCAUCAAUGCCUAUGUUCAAUCUCAAUCCCUAGAUUCCUCAAUCUCUUACUCCAACGAAAUGGUCGAUAAGGGUUUUGUUCUUGGAUCGAAUUGCUUCAACAAUCUCUUAACUUUCGUUGUUGGGUCUUCUUCUUUCAAUCAAUGGUGGUGUUUCUUCAACGAGAGCAAAAGCAAAGUUGUUUUGGAUGUGUAUAGCUUUGGGAUUGUGAUCAAAGGUUGUUGUGAAGCUGGUGAGAUUGAGAAAAGUUUUGAUCUUCUUGUUGAAUUAAGAGAGUUUGGGUUUUCUCCAAACGUUGUUAUCUACACUUCUUUGAUUGAUGGGUGUUGCAAGAAAGGUGAGAUUGAGAAGGCUAAAGAUUUGUUUUUUGAGAUGGGGAAGUUCGGAUUAGUGGCUAAUGAAUGGACUUACACGGUUUUGAUUCAUGGGUUAUUCAAAAAUGGGAUUAAGAAACAAGGGUUUGAGAUGUACGAAAAGAUGCAGGAAGAUGGUGUUUUCCCUAAUCUCUAUACUGUACUUAUAACUGUGUGAUGAAUCAGCUUUGCAAAGAUGGAAGAACAAAAGAUGCAUUCAAAG